AUGGCGACCGCUUCGGACAGCGCCGCCAGCGCGCCCAAGACUUCUCCCCCCGCCACCAUUGUCUGUGUCGGCAUGGCAGGCUCGGGAAAGACGACUUUUAUGCAGCGAAUCAACGCCCAUCUCCACGGCAAGGAGAACCCGCCCUACGUCAUCAACCUCGAUCCCGCCGUGUUGUCGACACCCUUUGAAUCCAACAUUGACAUUCGUGACUCGGUCAACUAUGAAGAAGUCAUGAAACAGUACAACCUCGGUCCCAACGGUGGCAUUCUUACGUCGCUCAACCUCUUUGCCACCAAGGUCGACCAGAUUGUCAACCUCCUCGAAAAGCGAGCAGCCCCCGACGCCGCCCAGCCCGACAAGAAGCCGAUGGAGCACAUCCUCGUCGAUACCCCUGGACAGAUUGAAGUAUUUGUGUGGUCUGCUUCAGGAACCAUUCUACUUGAGUCUCUGGCUUCGUCCUUCCCGACUAUUGUCGCCUACAUCAUCGACACACCCCGCACAUCGUCGACUUCAACCUUUAUGUCCAAUAUGCUGUACGCCUGCUCGAUCCUCUACAAAACAAAGCUGCCCAUGAUUCUCGUCUUCAACAAGACGGACGUCAAGGAUGCGGCCUUUGCCAAGGAAUGGAUGACGGACUUUGAGGCGUUCCAGGAGGCCCUGCGCAGGGAUGAAGAGUCCGACGCUCUUGGUGGUGUCGAGGGCGGUGGCCAUGGCGGCAGCGGUUACAUGGGCAGCUUGCUCAACAGCAUGAGUCUGAUGCUCGAAGAGUUCUAUUCCCACCUCAGCAUGGUGGCUGUCAGCUCGCGCCUUGGCACAGGUAUCGACGAUUUCUUUGCCGCUGUGGAGGAGAAGAAGCAAGAGUUUAUGCAAGACUACUUGCCUGAGCUGGAGCGCCGCCGCGAGGAACGCGAGGCCAACAAGAAGCAGGCCCGCGACAAGGAGCUCGACAAGAUGAUGCAGGGCAUGUCGGUGGGCGAAGGCCAAAAGGCCGAGGGCGAGGAAAGCAGCGGCGACGAGGAUGACUCGGAUACCGAGGCCGCUAAGCAGAGCUUACAGGAGAAGUACCAGGCAGCUCUCGGCGAGAACGAAGAUUCCGUCCUUUCCGACGCAAGCUUUGCCAAAUACCUCUACAAAUCAAACCAGUAA